AUGGCUAAAAAGCAAAAUCUAGAAUCCUUAGACCUUUUGCUGCAGGAUGUAUGUGGGAAUAAGGUCAUAUUUGGAGGAAAAGUUGUCGUCUUUGGAGGGGAUUUUAGGCAAGUCUUGCCAGUAGUUCCACAAAAAACUAUGAAGGAAACAGUAGAAGCAAGCAUUGUAACUUCUUAUUUGUGGCCCAAACUAACCAAAUUUAGGUUAACAGAAAAUAUAAGAGCAAGAGAGGAUCCAACCUAUGCUGCUUUUCUGCUUGCUUUAGGCAAUGGCAAGUUGCAACAAACAGAGAAUGCUUUCAUUCAGUUACCACAACAGAUUGUGGAAUCUACCAGCGAUGCCACGGAGUUAGUGAGUACUGUUGUAAAAACAACAUUCCCAGAAAUGGUCCAUGGCCACUUUGAUAGUCAGGUUUUCACUCAAAAGGCAAUAUUGACACCCAUGAAUGAAGAUGUGGAUGCGGUUAAUACAUUCAUGAUAGAUAAAUUUCCUGGUCAGGAUGUUACGUACAAGAGUUUUGAUGUCGUUCUGAAUGACACCUGCAGUGUAUAUCCUACAGAAUUUAUCAAUAAAUUAUGUCCCGGAGGAAUGAGUCCACAUGAGCUCGUACUAAAGGAAAAUUGUCCUGUAAUAUUGUUACGGAAUUUGCUGCCGUCUUCGGGUCUAUGCAAUGGUACGAGGCUUAUCUGCAAAAAAAAUUUCCCUAACGUGAUUCAGUGUGCUAUAGCAGUUGGCCAUUACAAAGGAGAAGAGAUAUUCAUACAUAGAAUUAAUUUAAGGCCCUCUAGCUCUACGAACUAUCCAUUUUUGUUUGAAAGGAAGCAGUUCCCUAUAAAGUUAAGUUUUGCAAUGACGAUUAAUAAGUCACAGGGGCAGACUCUCAGUCAAGUAUCCAUUUACCUUCCACGACCAUGUUUUUCCCAUGGCCAACUCUAUGUUGCACUAUCACGGACUAAGAAAUCAAAAGAUGUUCGUGUCUUUACAGCAGGCACUACAUCUCAGUGUUCUGCAAAUGAAGUGAAGAAUGUAGUGUCUUAUGAUCUUUUACAUCUAGCAGGCAUAACUGAAAAUUGGACCAGUUUCCAGUUCAUGGUUGCCCUUGAUAGCAGGACAAUAUGUACUUACAUACUGCUGUAUUACAGUAAUCGCAAGCAUUUGGUGUACAUGUCAAUCAGUGAUCUAUUUUCACAAUCUAACUUGUAA